AGCCCAGCUCCUAGGAUGAGCGAAGGCGCGGCUGCUGCCUCUCCACCGGGGGCCGCGUCUGCAGCCGCCGCCUCGGCCGAGGAGGGCACCGCGGCGGCUGCGGCGUCGGCGACGGGCGGGGGCCCGGACGGUGGCGGCGGUGGCGAAGGGGCGGCCGAGCCCCCCCGGGAGUUACGCUGUAGCGACUGCAUCGUGUGGAACCGGCAGCAGACGUGGCUGUGCGUGGUGCCUCUGUUCAUCGGCUUCAUCGGUCUGGGGCUCAGCCUCAUGCUGCUCAAAUGGAUCGUGGUGGGCUCCGUCAAGGAGUACGUGCCCACCGACCUAGUGGACUCCAAGGGGAUGGGCCAGGACCCCUUCUUCCUCUCCAAGCCCAGCUCUUUCCCUAAAGCCAUGGAGACCACCACCACGACCACCUCCACCACAUCCCCCGCCACUCCCUCGGCCGGCGGCAGCAGCGGCGCCUCCGCCUCCUCCAGGACGCCCAACCGGAUUAGCACGCGCCUGACCACCAUUACGCGGGCGCCCACUCGCUUCCCGGGCCACCGGGUGCCUAUCCGGGCCAGCCCGCGGUCCACCACGGCACGGAACACUGGGACGCCCCCGACGGUCCUGUCCACCACCACGGCCCCCUUCUUCAGUAGCAGCACGCUGGGCACGCGACCCCCUGCGCCAGGAAGCCCCAGUACCCAGGCGAUGCCCUCCUGGCCCACUGCGGCAUAUGCUACCUCCUCCUACCUUCACGAUUCUACUCCCUCCUGGACCCUGUCUCCCUUUCAGGAUGCUGCUGCCUCCUCUUUCUCCUCUUCUUCCUCCUCCACCACCACCACCACCACCACACUAGAAACUAGCACCAGCCCCAAAUUUCAUACGACGACAUAUUCCACCCAGCGAUCUGAGCACUUCAAGCCCUGCCGAGACAAGGAUCUUGCCUACUGUCUCAAUGAUGGCGAGUGCUUUGUGAUUGAAACCCUGACGGGAUCCCAUAAGCACUGCCGGUGCAAAGAAGGCUACCAGGGAGUGCGUUGUGAUCAAUUCCUGCCAAAAACUGACUCCAUCUUAUCGGAUCCAACAGACCAUUUGGGGAUUGAAUUCAUGGAGAGUGAAGAAGUUUAUCAAAGGCAGGUGCUGUCAAUUUCAUGUAUCAUCUUUGGAAUUGUCAUCGUGGGCAUGUUCUGUGCAGCAUUCUACUUCAAAAGCAAGAAACAAGCUAAACAAAUCCAAGAGCAGCUGAAAGAGUCACAAAAUGGUAAAAACUACAGUCUCAAAGCAUCCAGCAUGAUGGCAAAGUCAGAGAGCUUGAUGAAGAGCCAUGUGCAGCUGCAAAAUUAUUCAAAGGCAGAAAGGCAUCCUGUGACUGCACUGGAAAAAAUGAUGGAGUCAAGUUUUGGUGGUCCCCAGCCAUUCCCCACGGUCCCUUCUCCUGACAGAGGAAGCCAGUCUGUCAAACAGCACAGCAGGAGUCUCUCCUCUUGCUGUAGCCCAGGCCAGAGAAGUGGGAUGCUCCACAGGAAUGCCUUCAGGAGGACACCCCCCUCACCCCGCAGCAGACUGGGCGGAAUUGUGGGACCAGCAUACCAACAGCUUGAAGAAUCAAGGAUCCCAGACCAGGAUACAAUACCCUGCCAAGGGAUAGAGGUCAGGAAGACUAUAUCCCACCUGCCUAUACAGCUGUGGUGUGUUGAAAGACCCCUGGACUUAAAGUAUUCAUCCAAUGGUUUAAAAACCCAACAAAAUGCAUCAAUAAAUAUGCAACUGCCUUCAAGAGAAACAAAUCCCUAUUUUAAUAACUUGGAUCAAAAGGACCUAGUGGGAUACUCAUCCACAAGGGCCAGCUCUGUGCCCAUCAUCCCGUCGGUGGGUCUAGAAGAAACCUGCAUGCAAAUGCCAGGGAUUUCUGAGGUCAAAAGCAUCAAAUGGUGCAAAAACUCCUAUUCUGCUGACAUCGUCAACGUGAGUAUUCCCGUCAGUGACUGUUUUAUAGCAGAACAACAGGAAGUGAAAAUAUUGCUAGAAACUGUCCAGGAGCAAAUCCGGAUUCUGACUGAUGCCAGACGGUCGGAAGACUACGAACUGGCCAGCGUAGAAACCGAGGACAGUGCAAGUGAAAAUACAGCCUUUCUCCCCCUGAGUCCCACAGCCAAAUCGGAACGAGAGGCACAAUUUGUCUUAAGAAAUGAAAUACAAAGAGACUCGGCAUUGACCAAGUGACUGGAGACGUAGGAAUCUGUGCAUUCGAUGCUUUGCUCAACAGGAAAGAGAGGAAAUUAAAUACAAAUUAUUUAUAUGCAUUAAUUUAAGAGCAUCUACUUAGAAGAAACCAAAUAGUCUAUCGCCCUCAUAUCAUAGUGUUUUUUAACAAAAUAUUUUUUUAAAGGGAAAGAAAUGUUUCAGGAGGGAUAAAGCUUACCAUUGAAGCUUUUGGGGAGAAUUCUGAAUUCAAUUUUAGUUAGUCCUAACAUUGUCCUUUUUGGCCCUCAGAAGCUGUGGGCAAUUGAACCCUUGGUCCCACAGUGCCAGUGUCCUCAUCAAGGAAGCACUGGACAGUACCUGGUUUUACAAAGAAGAGCUCUAUCCUGUGGGUGGAUGUGCCAGGGAGCAGGUGGCCCUUGCCAUUUGCUGUGCCAAGCCUAACCCAUAAAUUUCUACUCAAAUAACACCCGUAUCACAGAUUAUGUCUUGUCAAAAAAUGUAGUGUUUUAUAUUUGAUUUUUGAAGAAUGGCACAAAAACUGCCUAUGGAAGGAGACAGAUAAUGGUGGAGAGUAAUUGGAGCAAUCCUUGCUGUGCUCAAUGUGCCAUUUUCCUUUGAAAUUUGAAAGCACAGAAUCUCAGAGGGAGGUACAAAAUUAUUAUAGAAAAAGAGACAAGAAACUCACAAUGUCAUGUGACUAAAAUGAUGCUAAUAGAAAUGUUUUUCUUGGAGAUUGUUUCGCAGCUCUGAAGGACCAUUUCUCAGUGUGUGUGUGUGUGUGUGUGUGUGUAUGUGUGUGUGCAUGUAUGUAUGUGAGCGAGCGAGCAAGGGUGUGAACUUGCUCCCUUGAGCACAUCUGCUCUUGCACAUGUGUUCUUUGUGUGUAUGGGUGUGCAUGUGGGUGUGCACUAAGCUUGCUAAAAUUUGUUCUAAACAUCAGGGAACCUAAUAUCUAGAUUAAAAAGUUUUCCCUCUUGGAUCUGUUUACUUUAAAUCUUUCCAUUCAAUAUAAUGUUCAGUUAGUGAGUUCUUAAAUCAAGAUCACUUGCAUGGCGGAUCCUAGAAAUCCUUGACAAUGUCUAGACCAUUUUAUGAUGUGAAUCCUUUUUAAAGGAACAACUACUGGCUUAUUGAUGAUAUCAGUAUCACAAAGUGUAUUGAUGGAGGAUGUGUGUUUAUUUUGAAUCCACCUACCUACUUUAUUUACAUGGGCCAAUUAUCAAACUGACAGUUACUAUUUUUUUCUCAUCAGCCUCGUUGCUAUUUAUUUUAGAGCAAGUCUACUCUCUGUGGACCAAGGCAUUGGCUUUUGUGGUUAAUACAGAAGGAAUAAAUUGUUAAAAUCACAAAGCCCAAACUACUCAGUUCACAAGAAGCUCCCAAAAGAACAGGAAAUUGUGUUGUAUGUUCAUUUGGAAUAAAGCAAUAUUUUUACCACUGCUAAGGUGAACUGAAACCUCUCCUGAAGAUUUGUAUGUUUCAUUUUCCCUUACUUUCAUGGGGCAUUCAAAGAAAUUAGUGUUCACAUACCCAGUCUUUUCCCAAUUAUUGGUGGUGUUGAGUUGUUAUGUUUACACUGUUUUAAAUAAAAAGGCACAGUAUUUGAAAGUACAUAAAAGACUUCUUUUACUGCAGUUUGGGAAAACCUUGGUGAAAAUUACUUUGUCAAAGAUUUACACUCUAUGGAAAAAGAAUGUAACCAUUUCCAAAUCAGGCAGUGAAAUGUACAAUUCUUGCUUCAUGUUAAGCUGUUUCUGUUGAAAAUACAUCACAAAUUACUCUUUGUGAAUAUUUGUUAAUAAUAGACAUUAUCAUCUGAGGAAAAGAAAGAAUCCUCCUUUUCUUUUACUUUAUUAGUACAUGUGUGUAGUACACAAUAUUUCCAUUCCUUGUGGGAAGGUGGUAUAUGUACAUAGCACAUCUCAAUUCCCAUUUUCGUCCUCUUUCCAAUCCAUCCUUUUCCCCUCCACUCAUCUCUUCAUCCCCUUCCUUUUUUGUAUUUGUUUGCAGUGCAUAAUGUUUACAUUCCUUUCUGUGGAAGAGCUAAUGUACAUAACACAUUCCAAUUCCUUUUUUAUUUAUUAUUCUUUUCUUCCCCCGUCCAUCUCUUGAUCCUCUUUCCCUGUGAAAAAGAACUAUCUUCUUAUUUCUUAUUAUCUAUCUUUUAUUUUGUUCUUUAUUUUUACUCUGGGUUUCUCAUCAAGAGAAACUAUGUGAUGUUUAAGCUUAUGUGUCACUUAGUAUCAUGCUUUUGAAGUACCUCCUUUUUCAUACAAAUGACUCCUUUAUCUUCCUUUAUGGCAGAAUAGUGCUCCAUUCUGUAAAAAUAACACAUUUUCUCUAUCCAUUCACUUGUUGAGAGACAUAUGGGCCACUUCAAAAGUUUGGCUAUUAUGAAUUGUGCUGGUAUUAACAUGGGUAUGCAUGUACCACUCUAAUAUGAUGUCUUCAACUUUUUCAGAAAGAUACCUAGAUGGGGGAUAGCUGGGUAUAACGUGAUUUCAGGUUUUAGUUUUUAAAAUAAAAACUGCAUAAUAGGAAUUCAAGGUCUCAAAUGUUGAAAACACAUUGGUAGAAAUCCACUUGAAAUUUAAGAAAAGAUUAAGUGAUAUUAGUUUUUCAUUGUAGUUUUGUUGUUUUGAAUAUGAAGGCAUUAUUGUUAGAUUUUUUAACUAUAAAUUUUAAUGUUUGAAUCACUUAAGUUCUCAUCUUUAUACAAAUAUUUUGUCUUUGGAAAAAUUUUAGAAAGUUGCUCUUAAAGGUAUUUUAAAAACAUAUAAGAUUGAGCAUCCAGUGUGCUAUCAUGUUGAAAUUUAUCACAAUUAUCAAAAAAAACCCUGUAAGACCUGUUGCAGUCAACUUUAUUCUUUCUUUCCCCCUAACAUGUUAUGCAUUGCUUAGCUAAAGGAUCCAUUCAGAACUCACCUAGUUAGAAGGGUAUGUAGUCUGUGACUCAUGUUAUUUUAAUAUAUUAUUUAUACUAAAAAAUUAAGCUUGUCAGUGAAACUCAAGUCUUGAUUCAACACUUAUUUUAAAAAAUGAAGUAGAACCACCAAUCCCUGUACAUUCUAAAAAGCAUGACUCUCAGGCACAGCCAUUGGCUGUGUGAUAAUGUUAAUUCUUUGAAUACUCAAGACAAAAUCUUCCAGAAGGAAUAUGUAUUAAUGGUUAAUUUCAGGAGUCAUUUGUUUCCUUUUGGAAAAAUGAAGCUUCUGCACAAUGUGUCAAAAUGCACGUUUUGGGAGAUCUACUGAUAAAUGCUGAAACCAACCAGACUUUCAAAGUUAAUCUGACAUAGAAAUACCUGCAGCCGUCAACACUGCAUUUUUCAAGGUUAUCUACCUACUGGGAAGUGCUUAUUUCUACAAGGCACCUUUGAUUUUGUUUCAAUUUCCUUGUCUCUGUCAUGUAAAUAGAUAUUUGAAGAUUUUUACUUGCAGAGGCUUCAUAUUUAUUAUUUACUGGAGAAGAAAAGUCAUCCAUUAUUUGUACUUUGAAUCAUUCUCUGAUAUGUCCUUUCAUAAAGCAUAUAUUAUUUUAAAUUGCCAGUGACUAUUACAGAAUGCUGUUCAAAAUCCGACCAAUCUUAUGUUAAUAUGAAAUAGUAGAUAUGAAGUUUGAGAAUUAGCAUCAAUUUUUUUUCUGGUUCUCUAAGUACAUUAAGUAUUCUGUAUUUUACACUUUGGCCCAAUAUCUACCUUACUAUGAGUUAAGGGCUAAAUAUUAGUAACUUUAUCACAUCUCUAAUGAUUUACAUAAUUUCUAAAUAUCAAUAGCAAGGAUUUCUGAAAGAGGAAGAGUGUUGCUUAUAGAGUUUAACAACUUAAUCUGUUUUCAUCAUAACCACUGAUCAUACUUACCAAAAAGAGAAUGGAAGGGUCAAGCUGACUUCAAAAUACACAUUGUCUUCUGGAAUGAAUGACAGGUACAGCCUGAGUGGGAUGUCUGGCAACUAUGACUAAGGCUGGCAAUGAUCAGAUCUCCUCAGAACAUGUUCAGUGUACGCAGCCAUUGCUCAACACCAUCCUGCUGUAUGGUGCUAUAGGAAACCUCAAGUCCCUAAGUGUGUGUGUGUGUGUGUGUGUGUGUGUGUGUGUGUGUGUGUGUUUGCAGAAGGGAUAGUGAUCCUUUUAGUUCCAGCCCUGUAGACCUAAGAUAAGUGCUAUGAAACAUUUCUCAAAAGAGUACAUAGUAUACCUAGGAACACAGCAGAGAAUGGUUGGGAUUUUUAUUUGACAUUUUGGUAUCUGGGAAAUAUUUUAUAUAUAAAGGAUACUUUUUAUUAUUCAAUUGUAUAGAUUCAGUGCAGUGUUUGCGAUGGAUAGCAUGUCUACACUGUGUUUAUACUUGUGUCUUCAGAAAUCCCACCCUCAUCCAGGCAAGACCAGCAGGAGGUUUCUGGGCAGUUCUCCAUUGUAAAGGUAUCCCAACAUGCCCUGGGAAAUGAAACCUUCUGAUAAGCUUUAUCUCUCCCUUCUCCAUUCUUUCUUUCCCUUUUAAAGAAAUACUGGGGGUAAAGGAAGAAAAUCAUUCCUCAAAUCUACUUUAUUCUCUUUUAAUAACCUAUUUCUGACUGUGACUAUACACACACACAAACACAUACACAAUCAACAUAUAUGUGUAUAUUAAAUUUGAGUGGUUAUUUUAGUAGCUUUAUUUUUGCUUAAUUUGACAAAUUUCAAAGUGCUUACUUCAUGGAAUGUCAAUAAAAUCAAAUCGUUUCGUGACUAGCCAACUUGGCAAUGUUUUGACCACACAGACAUUUUCAGUUCCUUCUCUUUCUUAGACAAGCAGAAAUAUCCUUGAGUGGGGAAAAAAAAAUCACAAGACCCUGAACAGAUUUCUGCUAGGGUCUCUCUUGGAAAUGAAAAUUAAAUGAUGGGUAUAAAUGACUGCUGUCACUAUGGUGUAUAAUGAUCUCAAAUGUAUUUUUCACAAAUUUAGCCAGAACUUCUCCCCAAGGUACUCCAAUAGGUGUCUGACUCCUCAUGUACACCGAAUUCUAGUAAGGCAGGGUGGUGUGGAGAUGGGGAGAAAGUCCUCAGUGCUAACCUCAGAUAAGUAAUGAAAAUAAUAGCAGGGUGAGCAGAUACAAUCUUGAUAAAAUAGAGAGCAAGCUUCUAGUACUUUGAUGAUUACUUUUUGGUCAUGAAAGCCUGUAUUGAUUGCACGUGUAUUGUUACCUAUGGAAGAAUUAUGUGAUAAGAAACAAUCUCAUUGUUGGAAAUGAAUUAGAAAAUCUUGUUACUGAAAAAUUGUCAUUGUGAAAGCUUCUGACUUAUCUAUACAUAAAUGUUGCUCUGUCAAAGAAGGUAGCUGGUCUAGUUCACCUUUGAUUUUCCUUCCAAACUGAGUAUCUUGUUUUCCAGGCAUUGUAAUCCAGACGUUACCUGGUCACCAUGUCAUUUAAUCAUUUCAACAUGACUCUUUAAGAUUGACACUUAAUUUCCAUAGAAAAAAUACAUAUGAUUCAUUCUGUGUUUAUUUUUAAGGUAAAUUUACCUACAUUGGGUAAUAAAGAAGGGAUAGCCACAAAAAUACCCUAUUCCAAAGCUUGAAAAUUAAAUGUUAAAAUUUUACUUUAGUUUUUUUGUGUGUGUGUGAAGAAACUAUGAACAUUUAUCAAAGGCAGAGCAACAAGAUCUCCAGAGAAGAUGUCAGGCUAUAGAUAGACUCAUUAGAUAUGAAAAAAUAAAGAUAUUUAAUGAUAGUCUCAAUUAUUUGCAUCUCAAAAUUUUUAACAGACUUUCUAACUAAUAGUGAAUACAUUCUCUGAAGAUACUUUUCCAUUAUGGUUAAAAUAACUCUAACUUGGGGAGCACAAUAGACAAAAGAAUGCAAGGUUCACUUAUUGGUUGUUAUUUCUGUUUUUGGCAAAACAAAUUAUCAACAUGCUGUUCUAAAUAUCAUCCUGACUAAUGCUGAUUCUUCCAUAUAUUACUUGUCUUGGUCAAAACCCCAAAGUCUGAAUUCUUUCUUAGUCUUUAAUAAAACAAUGUGAUAUGUUAAAAUA